AUGAUUCUCCGGCUUUCGCGUGACACAGCCGCGGCCGCAAGUCCCCCCGCCUCGCCGCACAUUGCUCGUCUCCUGGAGGAUCUCGGUCCCAAUGCGCCGCUGGAUGUUCUUUGCUCCGGCCCGAUGGCCGAUCGGCACGUGAUCAUUCGUGUGCUGCAUGCACGCGCCGGGGCGCCGGCCGAUGCCGCCAUCCUCCUUUCGCACCUCUUCCGUGCCCUCCGGCUGAACACCCCCGCGCCGGCGGGACUCCCCCCGCCGGACACCGCCCUGCCGCCGGAUGCCGCCAACUUCCUCCAAUUGCUGGGAUCCUUUGUGGAACCCCGCGCGCGCGGCGUCCCCCUGGCCCCGGCGCCCCCGGCCCCCGGGUCCGAUGCGGCCACCUCCGCCGCGCGGCUGGUUGAACUGCUGGCCCUGGCCUGCCGAGCUCCCCACCCGGUGGCCGAUCCCGAUCCGGACGCCUCAGCACACGGGAAUCCACCCCACGGCCUUGUUGGUAGCCACCAGUGGGUUCACUCGACGGCCCUGCCUCUGGCUCUCGGCAUUCUCGCCACGCAUACAUGCCCCGAAGUUCUACAAACUGCAGCCGACCUGGUGCUCGGCGCGGACAGCCCCCCCGGCGGGGGCCCCGGGCUGCUGGAGUCCGCGGAGCCUGGCGGCGAGUCGGUUUUCGCCACGCUCGCCGGGCGCAUCGACAAUAGCGCGGCCCUGCUUCUGGCACAUGCGGCCGCGCCGGCACGCGUGGCCGGGCUCCGGCUUUUCGGCGCAUACAUCCGCCUGGGCUCCGGGGCGCCGGCCAACUGGCGGACCCCCGGCAGCAGCCCCGGCGGUCGGCAGCUCCAUACGGCCAAGGAAGUUGGCCGGCUGAUCAGCACGCUGGCCUCCUUCUUCCGGGAUCGCGACCAUCGAGUGCGCGAGGCGGCCCUGCAGCAGCUGACCGACUUGCUGGAUUGGCUGGUGUGUUGCCCGACGGGCCCGGUGCCGGGGGUGUGCCGAUUGCUCUUUGCUUCGAAUGACUACGCCGGGGGCCCUUCAUCUUCCUCUGCCCCGGAGGGGGCGGCCCCGGUCCCGCCAAUUUUGGCCCGGUGCUUCCUCCUGCCGGCCGACGCGUCACUCGAUGACCGUCACCAGCCGGUUCGACUGGCCGCGCUGCGGCUGUUGGGGGCCGGCUUUGCCGCGGCCCGGCGCCUCCUCCUGCCGGUCACCUUCCAGGGGCUGCUGCAGAAUGCCGAUCGGGGGUCCCUCCCGGCGGCGCGCAUUCCGCCGGUUUUUGUCCUGCUCUUCCGAACAGCCUGCCGCGUGGCCCAAAGCGACCCUUCGCGACAUGUGCGCGCGGCCGCGCACCAGCUCGUCGGCCAAUGCAUGCGCAUCCCGAUCGCCGCGACCCGCUACUCGCUCAGUGCCUUGACCAAUACCGGGCGCCUGCGGUACAGCCACGCCGGGCUUGACGGGCCGUCCGGCGGAGCUGGCGGCGGGGGCGGCCGCGAUGGCCGACGCCACCGGGGCGCCAGCCAGCACCAUCCCAUCCGCACAUCCAUCCCCGGGGUCAACACCGCCAGCGGCUUCGAGGGGACCGGCUUCGGCAUUCGCCCCACGGACCAUGAGGCCACGGUGUCCAUGUUUGCCCCGGAGUCGCCGGUUAAUCUCAACGACCCGGCCGUGCUUGAGGACGAUGAGGACGCCGAAAACACCGAGGAGAGCCUGCGCUUUGUGCAGGCCGGCUCCUUCGGCGCCUUUGUCCACGGUCUCGAGGACGAAUAUGCCGAUGUCCGAAUCGCGGCACUCGAUGCUCUCGAGCUCUUCUCCCUGGAGUCUGAGACCUUUGCCCUCCGGGCACUGGAUCUGAUCGUCGGGAUGUUCAGCGAUGAGAUCGACGCCGUGCGCGUUCGGGCCAUGCGCGCCCUGCGGUCCAUCCUUCGCUAUCACCAUGCCCGGGCGGCCCACAUGAACACCGUGCUGCCGCGCUUCACCGAGCCCCCGCAAUUGGCCUCCACUUCCACGGCCAUCGUCGCACCCAAUGCCCUGGGCCGCCUGGAUCGUUUGCAGGUGUCCAGCGCCAACCCCUCGCGCUUGGCCCUAUCACGAGAGCAUUUGGCCUUCCUGCUGCCCGGGCUGUCGGACGCCAAUCCGGCCGUGCGAGCGGCCUCGCACGCUCUCCUCCGGGCGCCGAUCAAUCUGCCGGAUUUGCCGGCCCUGCGCAUGUGCCUGACGGCGCUCGCGGGGAACCUGGCCUCGCCGAUGCUCGGGCGGUGGGGCAGCGUCGGCCCGGAGGACCGGCACUCGGCCCAAGCCGAGUACAUCGCCGACUACCAGUGUGAUUUGACGGAUCUCCUGCGGCAGGCAACCAGCGAGGCGCAUGUCCGGCGCCAAGGGGCCCCGCCGGGGCUGCACUGGCUCCCGGGGGCUGGCCGGCGGCUUUUGCGCUGGUCCGGGGCCCGGCCAUUGGACCAGAUGGAUUCCCAAACCGAGGACCACCCGAUGAUGGGGUUCUUCAUGUCGCAGCAUUUUGGCCGCACGGUCUUCGGCCUCGAGGAGGCCUUCGACGCGGCUCUGCCCCUGUUGAAUCGCUCGGCCGAGGCCACCGAGCUGGAUGCCGUGGACCGCGAGCGCCAUGCCAUCUAUGCGGCCUUCCGGGCGCUGGGGCGCUUCCAUCCUCGCCUGGCGGCCCACAUGCUGGAUGGGCUCCUGGGCCUCAGUCGGACCCUGCUGCUGCCGGACCACCGGGCCGACGACCCGGAUUAUCGAUCGCGCGUGGUCUUCGCCGUGAAUGCGGCGGCGGCCGGGGCCCGGGCGGCCGAGCGUCUGACCGGUGUGCUGGUUUUCGGCUCGCCGGCCGAGACUCUGGCCAUUGCCGGCGAGCCGUCGGCCGACGGCGGCGGCAUGGCCAGCCGACUGCCGCCACACAUCUUGCGCCAUGCUCGUCUGCUGGCCGCCGAAUUGCCGGCACUCUUUCUCGGCUGCGAGCUGGUCACGGCCCGGAUGCCGGGCUUCACCGGCGGGCUUGGCCCGGCCUUCAGCCCCGCGGAGUUGUCAAUUGCGCGGGAUGUGGCGCGGGGGUUGGCCGGUGCCGGGCCGGCUUCCCGUCUGGCCGAGGCCCAGCUCCUGCAAUUCGCCGCCACCGGGAACAUGUCCCCUGGGGUAAGUGAUCCGGCUUCGACGGGCGUCUCCUCGGCUGCCAGCCAGAGACAUGUGGCCAGCGACGAGGAAAUGGCAAUCGAUGAGCCAGACGGCCGAGAGGCCGGCUCCACACACCAUGCGGAUGCCUCGCGCCCGGCCACGCGUCACGACCGUCCGAUGACGGUUAACGUACUGCGCGGCUCGACCGUCGCACUGCUGGAUCUCUUGCGCGCGGUGCUCGCGGCAUACGCGCGCGCAGCCACCGAUCCGGGCCCGGCCCUGGAGCACAUGCUUCGUCAAUUGGACAUGCUUGACAGCGAACCCGGAGACAUGCCAGCCGACGACACGGCCGCGCGUGCCUCAUCCGCCAUCCUUGCCUCGCUGGCGGCGACCAAUCGCGAAAUUCUAGCCGGCUCGAAUGCCAUCGCGGCCGGGCCCCUCACCACCGGGCCACUCAUGAGCGAUAUUCGCCAGGGGCGGCUGUUGAACUCCUUUGUCGGGGGGUUCUGGCCGAUGUUCCUUCGACUGGCGGUGUUGGGCGCCCAGUGUCGGGGGCACUUUGCGCGAACCGUGGGUCCCCUCUUGCCCGAAGCCCCCGGCGGGCUGCUUUCUCGAGCGACAGCUCGCCGGCCGGCCGAGGAGACCCUCAUGGCCCAGUGUGCGGCUCUCGGGCGUUUGGCCCGGGCGGCUUACAAUGCUGCCGUGGCGCUUCUCGCUCGGAGCUCGGUACCAGGGCCGGUGGUGCCGGCGGCAACAUCCGGGCACUACUCUCCGCGUGCUCGGCGCAUGCAUGCCUGGCUCCGUGCGAAUUUGGAGCUGCUGCGCCUGCAUGCGGUCCUAUUCCAUGUCAUGGCUUGGCUCCCGGGGCCGUUGUCCGAGGUGGCUCACAUGCAUGGGCCCGAUGCUGGCCGUCUGGCUCGGCAACUGGCCACGCGCGUGGAGCACACCCUCGGCUUGGUGCAGCUGGUGGUGGAGGACAUGCGGCCGUCGGAUGGCCAGCAGGCUUUCGAGCCGGGCAUGGCGGUUGGUGGCGCGGGCGCCGGCCUGCCGCCCCUGGCCCCUGCCCUGGCAGCGUUGCAGGCCUCCCUGGGGCUGGUCCAUCAGGCUGCCACGGCGGCCGUGACGGCUGGCGAUCCUGCAGCCGGCCUACGAGCGUUGUAUGUUGUGCUACGCCGGUUCCUCCGCCACCCUGCCUCUACGUGGACCCUGCCGGCGGACCUGCUCCUGGUGGCCGAUGGCCCGGCCUGCGAUGUGUCAGGCACCAGCGGCCUGGAGGCGGGCCUUGCGCGAGAGUUGGCCCUCGUGCCACCGCUGUCACGCGCGCGCCUCGACACCCCGCGCGACAAUCGCGGCAAUCCCCUGCGCUUCUCCUCGCUCCUGCCUCUGGCUGUGGACAUCCGUGGCGUGGCAUAUAAUCUGCCGGACUCGGCGCUACUCCCCCACGCCACAGUUGGCCAGGGGGCGACCGCGCCGCGCAUCACCAGCCCCAGGCUGGCGGUGUUGGUUCGUCUGCCAUGCGGCCGGUCGCGGAUUGUCUUCCCCCGCGUGCACCCGGCUGCGGGAUCGACGGCGUCCAUUGCCGCAACCGCGGCCGCCGGGUCUGAUGCCUAUGCUUCCUUCGAUCGCAGCACUCACAUACUGUCCAGCCCGGCUGGCAUCGAGUCGCCGGAGGGGUUCUCGCCCCUGGCCGAGGCAGAUGCCCUGCAGCCUAGCGAGGCUUCCUUCGACGCGACCCUCGAGCUCUCGACCGUCACAUGGACCGGAUCUUCCACCCUGGAGCUGGUUACCGGGCUGGCAUUCAAUCAUGACGACCAUCUCGAUCAUGGGCUCCUCGAAACCCUUCAGGUGAGCCACCUCUCCUCGGACGAUGGUGCCUAUGCCCUUGUUCACAGUGCCGCCUCCGCGGUCGAGGUCCUGCCCCUGGGCCGGAGUGGGUCCGGGAGCGAUGUGACCAAUGCCCUGGGAGAGUAUGCCUUGCACUUUAUUCCGCUCUCUGACCCGGUGCGGGUACAUGUGCAUCCUCUCUCGCCGCACCUGCCCAACCCGCAGCAUGGGCCAAAGCGGUGAUGGGCACGUGUGUGCAUGCUCCCCUUGCCUUCCCUUGGCCCCCCC